AUGCCCCGUGGAAGAGCUUCUCGGACUUCUAUUCAGAGUGAACUUCAUCGAGAUAGGAGGCGCCCAGAGAUCACCAUUGUGGCAGCUGAGCCUCUGAGGCCAGCCUCCUGGUUUCCAGGAGCCCCACCUCCAGGACUGGGAUUUCCUCCAACUCCUGCCCCCGGCCCGUGGAGGCCAAAUGAGCUGGUUUCUGCUGAGCUCCCGCCUUCUUAUGAACAAGUCAUAAAAGAAAUCAACCAAGUUCAAGUUAACACUACAAAUAAUAAUAAUGCUGCUGCCACUCCAAGGCACACUAUCACUUCUGCAACUCAGACUGACUUUUCAGAAGACAUAGACAACAAUCUGCCUCAAACACUGCCGGAGCCUCUCAAGCCUCUUCAGCCUUCUCCAGCAGCCUCACCCGGCAAUGUCCCCACCAGUGUGGCUCCUUUAAUAGUCUUUGAUGUUUCUGAAGAAGCAAGUUGUCCAGAAAACCCCAGUGCUCCAAGAUGUCCAGUGCCAAAACCAAGAUCGAAAAGCAACCUCAGACCAGUAGCUAAAACUGCCCAGAAAAUCAGCCCAGCGGUCCCAGAAGAGGAGCCAUCCCCAGGCUGGCCCCAGUGUCUGUUGGACAAUACCAGCGACUUAGAAAGUCUGCCAAGGAUGGACACGAUGAGCGCAGAGCAAAGCCAAAAUAGCAUUGUUUCAAGGAUCAAAGCAUUUGAGGGUCAGACAAACGCAGAAACCCCGGGACUGCCCAAGAAACCAGAGAUCAUCCCCCGUACACUGCCCCCAAAGCCUGCUGUUUCCUCAGGGAAACCUUCUGUGGCUCCCAAACCAGCGGCUAACAGAGCUUCUGGAGAAUGGGACGCUUGGGCUGAAAACAGACUCAAGGUGACCUCCAGGGAAGGGCUCACCCCGUUCUCUUCACCACCAGAACCAGGCAGCGUGCCAGUAACCAAACCCGAAUUGCCAAAGAAACCAACUCCUGGCCUUACCCGAAGUGCUAACCACGAGAUUCCGGGAGGAGGGCCCGUGGCCGACAGCCCUGAUGCUGGGAAGAAAGUCCCCACUCCUGCCCCUCGGCCCUUGCCCCCGAAGAAAUCGGUUUCCUCAGAAAACCCCAGCUGUCCUUCGGCUCCACCGAAACCAGCCCCUGUUCCUCCCCGGCUCUCAGUGGCAUCACAAGCCAAAGCAUUCAGGUCACUGGGAGAAGGGCCCGCGGCCAACCCCCCAGUUCCAGCUCUGCAAAGCAAGUCCCUGGGGGACAUUGACCUCAUCAGCUUUGAUGAUGAUGUUUUGCCCACCUCCCCUGGGAGCCCGGCUGAAGAAUCCCUCAGUUCAGAGCUGCUUCUAGAUCCCUUUCAGCUCCCCACAAAAACUGAACCAACAAAAGAAAGAGCAAUUCAACCAGCAGCCGCCAGGAAGCCCACUGUAAUUCGAAUUCCAGCCAAACCAGGAAAAUGUUUACAUGAGGAUCCGCAAAGCCCACCUCCACUCCCAGCUGAAAAACCUAUUGGAAACACGUACAGCACAGUACCUGGAAAACCCAGUAAUGCUGACAGAUCUAGAAACUUGGAAUCCAACCAAGCUGGUGAGACCGGAGGUUUUGUGCGAGGACCCCCAAGGUUGCCACCAAGACCCGUUAAUGGAAAACCUACUCCAGCUAGACGGCCUCCUCCCAAAGGAGCCCCCGAGAGGCCACCUCCCCCAAAACUUCCUGCAACCCGAACAUCAAAUAAAAAACUGCCUUUUAGUCGGUCCUCUUCUGACAUGGAUCUUCAGAAAAAACAAAGUCACUUGGCAUCUGGGCUCUCAAAAGCCAAGAGUCAUAUCUUUAAAAGUCAAGAUCCGGUGCUACCCCCUCGUCCCAAACCAGGACAUCCUCUGUACAGAAAAUACAUGCUGUCUGUGCCUCAUGGAAUUGCCAAUGAAGACAUUGUCCCACAAAACCCUGGAGAACUCUCUCGUAAGUGUGGUGACGUACUUGUGAUGCUGAAGCAGGCAGAAAAUAAUUACCUGGAAUGCCAGAAGGGAGACAGGACAGGCAGAGUUCACGUGUCCCAGAUGAAGAUUAUCACUCCUCUUGAUGAGAGGACCAUCAGAUGAGCAGACCCAACGGAAGGAAUUAAUGAUCCAAGCCCUGCUCAGAAACCUAUGGACAGUAGUGCUCCUCAUGCUGUCGUUCUUCAUGAUUUUGCAGCAGAGCAAGAUGACGAUUUGAAUCUCACAUCUGGAGAAAUUGUUUAUCUUCUUGAAAAAAUAGACACAGAUUGGUACAGAGGGAAAUGCAGAAGCCAGACUGGCGUAUUUCCUGCCAACUAUGUCAAAGUAAUCGUUGAUAUUCCAGAAGGAGAAAAUGGGAAAAGAGAAUCUGUUUCAUCUCAUGGUGUUAAAAAUACAAGAUGUGUUGCUCGGUUUGAAUAUAUUGGAGACCAGAAGGAUGAGUUAAGUUUCUCAGAGGGAGAAAUGAUUAUUCUUAAAGAGUACAUGAAUGAGGAAUGGGCAAGAGGAGAGCUUCAAGACAGAACUGGGAUCUUCCCUCUUAACUUCGUGGAACUUGUUGAGGAUUAUUCCACCUCUGGUGCAAAUGUUUUAAGAACAAAGAUACCACCAAAGACCAAAAAAGAAGAUUCUGGCUCACAUUCUCAGGACAACAGCCUUUCUGGAGAAUGGUGCAGAGCUCUCCACAGUUUUACAGCAGAAACCAGUGAGGACUUAUCCUUCAAGAGGGGGGACCGGAUCCUGAUCCUCGAGCGUCUGGACUCCGACUGGUAUCGGGGCAGACUGCACGACAGAGAGGGGAUCUUCCCAGCAGUUUUUGUGCAGCCCUGUCCAGCUGAGGCAAAAAGUAUGUCUGCCAUAUCACUGAAGGGGAGAAAGGCCAAAGCCUUGUAUGAUUUCCAGGGGGAGAAUGAAGACGAGCUCUCCUUCAAGGCUGGGGAUAUAAUAACAGAGCUGGAAUCUGUAGAUGACGACUGGAUGAGUGGAGAACUAAUGGGAAAAUCUGGAAUAUUUCCCAAAAACUACGUUCACAUUCUACAAGUCAGCUAAAGGUGAAGCUCCACUGUUCCCUGGCACGAAAACUUGCUUGAACUAUCAUUUUGACUAUCAGAUGUUUUUGCACUAUUUUUUUAAGCAGAAAGAGAAAUACCUGAGGUGUACACGAUACACUAGAAUUUUCUGAAAGCAGAAAACUUCUAGGUUUUGUAGCUAGCUUUCCUUCACAGUGGGAGUGUGCACAUGGGCUAGGAAGACACCUGGAGGGAUUAGCAAGGCAGAUACACAUGUCCCCCCCUCCCCCAGGGAGAGUGUCUGGUGACUCAGCCGCAUGGAGUGGCUGCAAACCCAAGUUGCACUUGGCGGUGUGUUUUAAUCAGCACAAAUGAAUUAACCAUGCUUCUUCAUUUUUACUUUAGUUUAAAAAGAGGACGUUUGACAUUCUAUAUGCUGUAACUAUCAGGACAUGGUUGGUAAUCUCAAUUUCAUUUUUGAUAUUCAAAUUAUUUCUAACAGCCUGAGCACAUUAGCCUUAGUACCAGGGCAGAGAGAGAGAGUUUAUUAACUAGUUGGAGCAUUUCUAAGCACAUGGCAAAGUCAGCUCACACUCAGCAAAUGCUCCUAUGUAACAGUUUCCUCUUGGUCCAAGGAGCUGAAGGGGGUCAAAAUUGGAUGUAUCUUACUCAAAAAAGCCCAAACCAUCCCCAAGAUGCCUUGCUAAUGCAGCUGACUCUUCCACACACAUGCCAUGGUUUUUCUUUGCUCAGUCUAUGCUUUAUGUUAACAGGGUUAUUAUAAAGCACAUUCUCUGAAUCUGCAGUCAUUCCUUUGACAAUUACUGGUACCCAAAGGAAAAUUCAUUUUCUUUGCAUUACCCCAGUAAUAUAUAAAAGCUGUGUCUUGUUAUGGUAGGACAUUAUGAAUCACACAGAGCAUCUUUGAAUGCAGAGCAACUGUUAAGAUGAAAAACAGUGCCAACCCCCACCACUCAUUUAUUCGCAAUAUAAUCAGAAUGAAAAAUAAUUUAAGAGAACUGAAGGCUGGUACUUUCCACCAGCCACGCCCCCGCCAGCUCUUCUCAGCACAAUUAUUAGAGUAAAUAAAAAAAACCACUUUCCUUUCAUCCAUUGUUAUACAUUGCAAAGCUUAAGAUAAAAGUGGUUCUUCACAUGACUGAAUCAGUUACAGCUGAUGGGCUAAAGCCAAAUAGGUUGAAGACAAUCUUCCAAACACAUCAGUAGAAUAGAAUUUCUUGAAAAUGUAAAACACUUUCCCAACAAUGUUCAUGACUUUCUUCUGUUUUUGAGAAGAAUUUUAUAUGCUGGACCACUUUUGAGCCUCUGUCGUUUUCUCCCAUUGCCCAAAAGCUGGGCAGCCAGUGAUUGCACUUGACCUGAAUGCCACGUGGAGUCUGGAAGGAAGUAAUAUUUACUUUGUCUUUGAGUGAAGUUCACCUCCAAGGUUUAUUGGUUACAUUUGAUUUUGGAGUAUGGGAGCUGUGUUUUCUAUGUUUGGGGUGAGGAAGAGAGUAUAAAGAGAAUUCUUGUCCAGUUUCACUCAAAGGUCAUUUAAUGAGAAAGGGAUGACUUUUAAACCAUUAUCCAAACUAAAAUUCUCAUUGGCAGCAAGCUGUACAACAGCAGGAAGGGGGCAGGGCUAGGGAACGGGACAUGAGGUUUCUAUCUUUGCCUGUGUAAUUUUAACAUAUUGAAGAUUCUGAAAACUUAUCUCUUUUGGAGAAAAAUAUCCCCCUUAAUGUUGGCCUUCUGUAAGCAGAAUGAUAAGUGCAAUAGUUGUAAAUCUACUUGACACUAUAAUAAACCGAACUGAACUUU